AACUCUCUAGGCAAGAAUCCCGGAGGCAGAGGCCAUGCUGACCGCAGCAGUGCUGAGCUGUGCCCUGCUGCUGGCACUGCCUGCCACGCAAGGAGCCCAGAUGGGCUUGGCCCCCCUGGAGGGCAUCAGAAGGCCUGACCAGGCCCUGUUCCCAGAGCUCCCAGGCCUGGGCCUGCAGGCCCCACUGAAGAAGACAACUGCAGAACAGGCAGAAGAGGAUCUGUUGCAGGAGGCUCAGGCUUUGGCAGAGGUACUAGACCCGCAGGACCGUGAGCCCCGCUCCUCACGUCGCUGCGUAAGGCUGCAUGAGUCCUGCCUGGGACAGCAGGUGCCUUGCUGUGACCCGUGCGCCACGUGCUACUGCCGCUUCUUCAAUGCCUUCUGCUACUGCCGCAAGCUGGGUACUGCCAUGAACCCCUGCAGCCGCACCUAGCUGGCCAACGUCAGGGUCAGGGCUAGGGUAGGGGCAAGGAAACUCGAAUAAAGGAUGGGACCAAC